UCCUGAGCCUGCUGGAGUCUUCAGAACUGGAAGUAUUUACAGUCAUUCACUACACUGUAUCUCUUGAGACAGAAUCAAUCAUGGCAAGCAAAGAUGACAUUGUGUAUACCCCAGAGAUGUACGACUAUUUCUUUCUUGAUGAUGAGGAGGAAAAUGUAGCGAAAUGCAAAGGUGACAACACAAGUCAAGCAUCAGGUACAGAUUUGGCCUUGGCUUCCACGUCCUCAGUGGCUGCUACUUGGCCUGAAGCCUGUGAGUUUUUCUUUGCUGAUGGGCCUCAAAAUGAUGACAGGGAGGGAAUUUCGUUCAGUAUCUCAUCUUCCCAAGUGACAAGUGCUGCAGACAUUAGCCAGUCCUUUGUUCCUGAAGGACUAAAAGGAUUCAAAGUGAGGAGAGCACAUCACAGAAGAGGCCCGGAUGGGAGUCUCAUUCCUCAAGAUCAUCACAGGCCAUCCAAAAUGUCAGGCUCUAUUGUGCCACAUUUGUCCCCCAGCAGAAGUGACACUUGCUUAGUAUUCCUUGCCUUUGCAUCUUGGGCUGUGAAAUCUUCAGACUUGCAGUCUUCAGAUGGAUGGAAAACAGCUCUACUGGCAAACAUUGGUGCCGUCUCCGCCAUUCAGUAUUUACGGAGGCGAAGAAAAAGUACCUGGCAAGAAUCUCCACCAGACUCUGGAGACGAAACCUAAUCUUCCCAAAAAAUCUGAUCUACAAGUCCAAGGAGCAACAGUAUGGAUGGAAAGGUCUCCAGAUUGCAUGAUGGCGAUCUGCCUGUAGCUCACAUCUACUCAUUCCCUGCAAGUGAAGCCAAUUUGAGACUCAAUGCUUCAGUAUUGAACGUAUCCAAGAGGAGUAUAAAUUAUUUCACAGCACCUUAGACAAGAGUUUGAAGAAACAUGAGUAGGUUAGUGGUGGACACAUUCAGAAGGUCAUCAAGUAUGUUUUCUGGAAGAAGUACGUUAUAUUAUAGACUUCUGAGGGAACGGGCCUGGUCAUGUUCUUCAGCCUGACACGGUCAGCAUUUUAUAGACUAGUUUGAGGGUUCUCGGAUCUAGUGGCUGUCACUUGAAGUCGCAGUAGGAGAUCAGUGGAAACACAAGGGAACUUUGCGCUGGGAUUCUUCUGCCUGCAGUGUUGCUGUGAUACAUAAUAAAUUGUGUCUAGUUUACUCCC